AUGUCUGCCAACAACAGUCAUCCCGACCCGCGUAGCACCAUAGGUCUAGCUGGGUAUCCGAGUACCGGAGCGUUCUCACACCUCCCCAUCCGCACGACAAUCACGGGCGACGCCAUAGUCCCGCAUCCUAACGCGAACAAGAUCUUUCUGCGCAACCUGCCAGGUCACUGCUAUACGCUCCCUAAAGUGUCGCUGAACUUUACCCUCGUCGAGAUCGUCGUGCUUUUGCCCAACUGGUUCAAAAACAAGGCCAUCGCCAUGCGCUUCAUAAGUAACCAUCUCACCGCUAACGUCCACUUCGCGAUCUUCGAAGAGCAUCGCGAGUGCAACUUCAAGGACGACCAUGAACGUGAGAAGGCAAAGAAGACGAUCACGGACGAGUAUCGCAAGACGAUGCGCAGUUAUCCACGGAAUAUGGGCUGGACAAAGGCAAAGCAUACGGCACCGCUUGGAUGGAACCCUACACUCAUCGCCAUGGACGGCUUUGUACCUGAAGAUGCUCACAUUGAAGAGUAUCGUCGACCACCAUCCAUUCCUCUGCGUGAUCUUAUGAUCGGUGUUAAGAAGCUUCCAGAAGACACCAAAGCUGGCGACCUGACACGCUGUGUGCAGUUCGCGCUAGGGCGCACUGAAGAUUUCAUGUUCCCAGAUGAUCUGUCUCAGAUCCUGGAGCACAUCGGUCGCACCCAGAUCACCUUGGCGCAUACCGAUCGUCCGAUCGUUCGUGCUUAUGUUGACCACAUGCGGAAGGAAUCCGACGCCAAGCGUUCACCACCCGAUCGCAGCGUUGGGCCAAGUGUAGAAGAGCGAAUAGCCUGUGAAGAGGCUCGUUGGGAGGCUCGAGAGGCGGCGGAACAGAUGCAGGUGCAGCGGACUGCUGCCAAGGCCGUACAGCAACAUCUGCAGCCGCCACCACAGAUCAUGACGACCACACCUGAUGGACAUGCCAAGUAUCAGCCACAGUCUGCUGCAAUCGACCGAUCUAGCGGGGAGAUGGAAGCUCUGCUAUACCAAUAUGUCCAUGAGGGCUUCCAGGUACCGACAACUCCAGCAAGCCCGCCCACCCCGUAUCAUCCGCGUUGUCUACUUCGUGAGUGUGUUGAAGGCCACGUUGCCUUCGAUGGUAGUCCGCUCGCACGGGCUGCCCGGUUCGCCCAGCAGCCUGAUCAGAUUAGCACGGAGUGGUAUGUGGAGAAUGUGGCUUUGCUCGUUCAGUUGCUCGAUGCAGCUCCUCACAUUGAAGUAGGCAUCUGA